GUGUUCUCUGAUUAUGAUCCUCACAUAGUGUUUCACCAUUGAACUCAAGAAUGGAGGAAUUGAGGUAUAUCCACUACAGCAGAGAUGAUUUCUAGAGUUGAAUUAUCAUUUCACAAAGAAGGAGAAGUGUACCUUAAUUCACUUUGCUGUUAUUGCUCUCUUGUGCUAUCCGCUGCUGGUCCUUCCUCCACCCCUAAGUUCGGUUGCUCUCCGGAAAAAUAUAUAUUUCUAUCUUUGAGAAAUAUAUAGCUGAUGGUUUCAAAUAGAGUUGAUUGAGGCAGUACAUGCACUUUCUAUAUACGUAUAGACUGAACUGUGAUCUUCUUAAAGGUUGUUAAGUUGCUGAUAAGGUAGCUAGGCAAUCAUUCGGUUAGCAUGGACGUAGCACAUUGUUAUUUAAAGGGGAAUGCUGAUGCUGUGGAGUUUUGUCCGUAUGAUUUCUAUCAUAACGUUUUGGCGGUAUCCACUUAUACAUUACAAGAAGGUUGUCAGCCCAAUCGACAUGGAAGCAUAUCACUUUUCAAUGUUGAUGAGGACAAACGCCACCUUGACAUGGUUUUUAGUGAGGAAACUGCUGGGAUUUUUGACAUAAAGUGGAGCCCACCUGGAGGACGUUUGAAUCCUUUUCUAGCUCAAGCAGAUGCUGAUGGAUACUUGAGAAUUAAAAUGCUGGAAGGUUGCUCUAAUGGAGUGGAAGGGGUUAAUCUAAAGGAGAUCACUAAGGAAAAAAUCAGCAACUCUAUGUGCUUGUACCUGGAUUGGAACCCUUCAGCCACAUCUAUCACAGUAGGACUUUCUGAUGGCUCUGUGUCUAUUGUUUCUGUUCUUGAAUCCAAGCUGGAAAUACAAGAACAGUGGAAGGCUCAUGAUUUUGAACUUUGGACAACCUGCUUUGAUACUCACCAACCAAAUUUGAUAUACACUGGCUCUGAUGAUUGCAAGUUCAGUUGUUGGGAUUUGCGAGAUAGACCUCCCAAUGUGGUAUUUCAAAGCUCUAAGGUCCACAAAAUGGGUGUUACUUGCAUUGAGAAGAGCCCCCAUGAUCCAAAUAUCUUGUUGACUGGUAGCUAUGAUGAAUUCCUGAGGGUAUGGGAUUUAAGGUCUCUCUCAAAACCCCUAAACAAGACUUCAAUUAGCUUAGGAGGAGGAGUUUGGAGGGUUAAGCAGCACCCCUUCAUUCCAGGCUUGGUCUUGGCUGCAUGUAUGCACAAUGGUUUUGCUAUUGUUGCUAUUAAAGGUGACAAUGCUGAAGUAUUGGAAACUUACAACAAACAUGAUUCUCUUGCUUAUGGAGUAGACUGGCAUAAAGGUGAAGCAAAUCACUUAGGUGGGAAAACCAAACCAUUGAUGGCUACUUGCUCAUUCUAUGACAAACAUGUUCGGGUGUGGAGGUCAGCAAAUGAUAUUAUCUUGUAGAAUAUGUUCAUUCUUGCUUCACUUUAGCCCUCUAGGAAAUGUGAUACACAGUUUAUUUAUUCAAUCAUGGUUGCAUUAUUUUGACAA